CCUAACCCGGCCCCGCCCCGCCCGGGAGCCGUCCGGGACGAAGGGCGCAGGAGGGACUCGCUCGGCCCAGCCGCUGGCGGCGCCGCGCUCCGUCCGCUCCGGGCAGGUCUACACAGGUGCCAUGACGCAGAAGCCCCAGGAGGACUUUGACAGGAGCGUGGAGGAUGCCCAGGCGUGGAUGAAGGUGGUACAGGAGCAGCUUCAGCUCAAUGAUAACACGCAGGGGCCCCGCGCGGCACUGGAGGCACGGCUGCGUGAGACAGAGAAAAUCUGCCAGCUGGAGCCCGAGGGAUGCGUGAAGGUGGAACUGGUCCUGCGGGCGGCUGAGGCCCUCUUGGCAACUUGCCGGGAGGGGCAGAAGCCUGAGAUCCUGGCCCGGCUGCGGGAUAUCAAGUGCCAGUGGGAGGAGACCGUCACCUACAUGACUCAUUGUCACAGUCGCAUUGAGUGGGUGUGGCUGCACUGGAGUGAGUACCUGCUGGCCCAGGAUGAGUUUUACCGCUGGUUCCAGAAGAUGGUGGUCGCCCUGGAGCCUCCCAUGGAGCUGCAGCUGGGCCUGAAGGAGAAGCAGUGGCAGCUGAGUCACGCCCAGGUGCUGCUGCACAAUGUGGACAAUCAGGCUGUGCUCCUGGACAGGCUGCUGGAGGAGGCAGGCUCCCUGUUCAACAGGAUCGGGGACCCCAGCGUGGAUGAAGAUGCCCAGAAGAGGAUGAAGGCUGAGUACGAUGCUGUGAAGGCCAGAGCACAGCACAGGGUGGACCUCCUGGCGCAGGUGGCCCAGGAGCAUGAGCAGUACCGGGAGGAUGUGAACGAGUUCCAGCUGUGGCUGAAGGCGGUGGUGGAGAAGGUACACAGCUGCCUUGGGCGGAACUGCAAGCUGGCCACGGAGCUUCGCCUCUCUGUGCUGCAGGACGUUGCCAAGGAUUUCUCUAGGGGCGAGGAGUCUUUGGACAGACUGGAGGAGCAGGCUGCAGGCGUCAUUCGGAACACCUCUCCUCUGGGUGCGGAGAAGAUCUCGGGGGAGCUGGAGGAGAUGCGGGGGGUCCUGGAAAAGCUCAGAGUCCUCUGGGAGGAGGAGGAAGGGAGGCUGCGGGGCCUGCUCCAGUCCAAGGGGGCCUGUGAGCGGCAGAUCCAGCAGCUGGAGGUGGAACUGGGAGAGUUCAAGAAAGGCCUUCAGAGAGUGGCCCAGGAGGGCCUGGAGCCUGUGGUGAAGACAGCCACAGAGGAUGAGCUGGUGGCCCACUGGAGGCUGUUCUCGGGGACUCAGGCUGCACUGGCUUCAGAGGAACCUCGUGUGGACCGGUUACAAACUCAACUGAAGGAACUUGUCACCUUCCCAGACCUACAGUCACUCUCUGACAGCGUGGUGGCCGCCAUUCAGGAAUAUCAAUGUAUGAAGGGAAGGAACACCAGGCUCCACAAUGCGACCAGGGCGGAGCUGUGGCAGCGUUUCCAGCGGCCCCUCAAUGACCUGCAGCUGUGGAAGGCCCUGGCCCAGAGGCUCCUGGACAUCACCACCAGCCUGCCGGACCUGCCCUCCAUUCACACCUUUCUUCCCCAGAUUGAGGCAGCCCUAACAGAAAGCUCACGCCUGAAGGAGCAGCUGGCGAUGCUGCAGCUGAAGACGGACCUGCUGGGCAGUCUCUUUGGCCAGGAGAGAGCAGCCGCCCUCCUGGAGCAGGUGGCAAGUUCUGUGAGGGACAGAGACCUGCUGCAUAACAGCCUUCUUCAGAGGAAGAGCAAACUGCAGAGCCUGCUCGUCCAGCACAAGGACUUCGGGGUGGCUUUUGACCCCCUACACAGGAAGCUCCUAGACCUCCAAGCCAGGAUCCAAGCAGAGAAAGGGCUUCAGCGGGACCUUCCUGGGAAGCAGGUCCGGCUCCUGAGGCUGCAGGGGCUGCAGGAGGAGGGGCUUGAUCUGGGGACACAGAUAGAGGCUGUGAGGCCUCUUGCCCAGGGGAACUUGAGCCACCAGCACAAAGUAGACCAGGUCUCCUCUGACCAGCAAGCUCUGCAGAGGACCCUAGAGGGCCUCGUGGAUAGCUGUCAGCAGAGCGUCCGAGAGCACUGCACCUUCAGUCACCGGCUGUUGGAGCUGCAGCAAUGGGUCACUAUGGCCACACAGACAUUGGAAUCACACCAAGCGGAUGUGCAUCUGUGGGAUGCUGAGUCCCAAGAGGCCGGACUUGAGAGGCUGCUGUCUGAACUUCCAGAGAAAGAAGUCCAGCUGUCUCUGCUCCAAGCACUGGGCCAGCUUGUAAUGAAGAAGUCUUCCCCCGAGGGGGCGGCCAUGGUCCAGGAGGAGCUGAGGGAGCUGGUGGAGUCUUGGCAGGCCCUGCGGCUGCUAGAGGAGAACAUACUGAGUCUUAUCAGAAACCAACAGCUGCAGAGGACAGAGGUGGACACGGGGAAGAAGCUAGUUUUCACCAACAACAUCCCAAAGGCUGGCUUUCUCAUCAACCCUCAGGAUCCCAUUCCCAGGAGACGGCAUGGGGCAAAUCUGGUGGAGGAACAAGACUUGCAUGAAGAUGGCUCCCAACUCCUGAGGGACUUCGAAGAGUGGCUGCAGGCAGAAAACACCAAGCUGCUUAGAAUCCUCACAAUGAAAACAGCCACAGCCAAGGACCGGAGGACCAGAGGGAUGAAGCUGCAGGAGCUGGAGGCUCGGAUUCCAGAAGGCCAGCAUCUCUUUGAGAGCCUGCUUCGUCUCAGGCCAGCAAGGGACCCUUCCAAUGAGCUGGAAGAUCUCCGCUACCGUUGGAUGCUGUACAAGUCUAAGCUCAAGGACUCUGGCCACCUGCUGACGCAGAGUUCUCCAGGGGAGCGGACUGCAUUCCAAAAGAGCCUGCGGAGGCAGAAGCCGAGGAGGAGUCCCUGCUCUCUCCUGCAGAGAGCCUGCCGCGUGGCGCUGCCACUGCAGCUGCUGCUCCUGCUCUUUCUGCUGCUGUUCUUCUUGCUGCCGGCCGGCGUGGAGGAACGCAGCUGCGCCCUCGCCAACAACUUCGCCCGCUCCUUCGCACUCAUGCUUCGUUACAGCGGCCCCCCGCCCACCUAGCCCACUGGGACACACAGGUGACCUUCCGCAGUCCCUCUGAGGCCGGCUGCUGGGGGAAGCUGGGUGGAAGCUGGGUGGAAGCUGACCAGACGCCCCAGAGAAGCCUCGAUCCAAAUGCUGCAUCUGUUCCCAGAACAAACCUGCUUUUUCUAUGACGUCAUCUCUGUCUAUUUAUACUAAGUAUGUGCUUCGCGUGGCUAGGGAAUAUGUACAGAAUUUUUAUAUGCCGUGUAUGUACAUGCUGAGGGUAGAUGACUGCAGACACGAUGUCUCUUUGUGCCUAGGGGAGUCCCAGCAGUGUGUUUCUCUAAUGGGAUUCCUGGCACUUGUGCCUUAGCAUCGUGUCAUCCCUGGAGGACAGGAAAAAUCACGUAUCACUUUUAUGACAACCUGUCACCCAGAAAUUCAGAUGUUAGUGAAGAAGCCUUUGAGCGAUGAGCACAACAGAACAGAAUUGGAGCCCCGGGACUCUUGUGUACGUGGCUCGUGGGUUGGGGGCCAGAUAAAGAGAAGCGGUGAUGGCCAGGCACAGGCACAGCCAGAGCAGUGAGAUGGGACAAGUGACAGAGCAACACCGAGGGAGCAACAGAAGAACUGUAAAAACAGGACACGGCUGAGCUCCACAGAGUGAUGACACUUAGGGCCGCAACCCCAUGUAGGAGCCACUGGUAACACAGACCAGCAAGGAAUGCCUGUGACCGUGACCAUGACCUCCUGUCUUCAGGAAGUAGCUGGGGUUUCGUUUAUGUGUUUUCUCCAGGAGAAAGAAAAAAGAGAUGAAUUUGGCUUUUUCUUCUUAUGCACAAGGACAAAGCACAUUGCAGCGGCCUGUAACCGCCCCGGGAGGCCUGUGCGUCACUGUUGGACUGUGUACAGGCUAGGAUGUGAGCUGAGGGCAGGGUGGAACACCUGCCCACCAGAUUAGGGAUCAAGGACCCUCCCAAGGCAGAGAGGAGAGACUCAGCCCACCUGCAGGGGUCUCUCUUUCCUCCCAAGAAGGGACUAUGCAGACUGCUGGGUCUCAGGGCUGGGAAGGUCCUGUCUUCUUCCCCUGUGAGCCUGGGGAUCACAGUCUAGCCCUAGGCAGGAGCAGGUAAGGUGAGCUCCAGGCACACAAGGGAGACUCCUGGGCUAUGCCCAUGACUGGAGACAUGACCGGGGAAUUCUGGGAUGAUUCCUAAGUGCUUUAAAACUGGAUUAGGUUUGCUCUAAACUGAUACCGUUUUUUUCUUUUUAACUUUUAGAAAAUACUUAACACCUCCUUUUUGAUAGAUGGAAUUUGUCUGUUAGGUGGGGGUGCCCUCAGGCCUGGUCAUAAGAUACACAACCGCAGUGUUACAGACUCAGAGAGGCACUUUAAACACAGUGAAUACUGAGGCCCUAAGAGGGACUGCACUCCAAGGUCACGCACAUACACCGACACCCCCCCCAACCCUCAAUCUGGCGUCAGGCCUCACCAUGUGUAGCUUUCAUCUUAACACAGUACCUAGGAAAGAAGCACUCAGGGGCUCACGACCCUGGUUCCAUCUGAUCCCCAGCCACAAGGCCUUUCCUGAAUCCAGCCACUUUGCUGGGAAGUCAGGGGCUGGUGAACCCUGACCUCAGUUAGACCCAGGUAACCGAGCCCUGAUGAUCGCCAACACCAUUGGUCCACCAUUGGCAAGGGACAUCAACACAAACACUUUCCCACUCAAAGGCAAAAAGCCCGAGGCCUAGCGAGGGGAAAUAACUACCCCAUGGCUGCACAGCAAGAACCUAUAAAGCCAGAAAUGGGCGGGUUGCCACAGUCUCCAGGUGAUACCCUGUUCAUCACAGCCCUGCCUCCCCACAUUUUUCUUCCCAGGAAGAACAAACAGGGCUACCGCAUGGCACAGUGAUAGAGCGCCUGCUCAACAGGUGUGAGUCCUGGUUCCACAGCCAGAACUCAUGAGAGAAAAAGAAAAAAGAGAAAGAGGCAGAAGAGAGAGAGCUGUUUACUGUGAAUGUGGUCGUGUCUCGUGGUAAAUGCUGAGGAGGGUAAAGCUGCAAUCCGUGGGUUGGCAGUGGGUGGGGUGGGAACAUAGCUGUAUUUUUAACCAUCAACAGUAAUGACUCUGUGGAUUGUUAGUCUGCAUAACUUUUAACAGAGGGGACUGAUAUUUUUAUUACUCUCAUAUGAAUAGAGCUGGAAUCUGACAUGCUAGCCAUUUCUGGGUGCUUGUCAGACGUAACUUCUUUCGCUUAAAGUGGGUACAAAUGCCUGCUACUGUGAUGUUGUGUCCUGGCCAAUUACCAGAAGAGUCGGGAGAUGUCCCUGGAAAGAAGUACCAGAGUUCGUUGGUAUGUGUGUGCAUGUAUGUGUGUGUGUUAUUGUACUUCUGUCCUGCAGACAGUGCUCAUGUAUAACCAUCAUAGUUCAGCCCAUGGUUGUGUAUGUGUGAUGCUCCAAGCAAGCACUAUCAAUGCUUUUGGUCCCCUAACCUGUGCCCCCUUUUUGCCUCAUCUGUUCUCUAAGGGCAGAACAGUGCUCACAGGAGUAGAGGAUAUUCUUGUGCCACAGAGGGAGUAAGUGAAGUUAGCGGUCAGGACAGAGGUGAGUAGGAAGCCUGGAGGGGCUGUCUAGAAGGGCAGAGGGGCUGCCCACUAGACGGGUGAUGGUGUUCUGUGGGGAACUGGAGCCAAGGGGCUGGCAUUUCACUGAUUCCCACACUGCCCACCCUCACUCAAGCCUGAUAGUUCUUCACUCCUAAGUGUGAGCUAGAAACCAAAGCUUUUAAAGAUAUAAAACCACUCGCCUACACCAGGUGAGACCUGAACCCAGGGUUAUUAGACCCCAGAGCCCACACUGGGAGGAGAGAGCUUCAGGUCGGUACCACCAAGCUGCAGUCUCCAUUGUGUCUGGGAAUAGUUUUGCUGAGCGGCUGCUCUGCCCUCAGCUUCAUUGGGACCAGAGUUAGGGAGAGUUAGCUUCCUGUAGGCUAGCCUGUGCCUCUUUGAGGAAUCACUGAUAGCAAGAGAGGCUGAGGGGACCUUUCUUCCUUCCUCUAUUCAGGAUGGAGCCAGGACUGACCGGAUCAGCAGGCUCUGCAGAAUGUAUGAGAAUCUGCGGUGACCAGGCUGGGGGGCAUCAUUUGGGAGGCAGGGGCAGAGGAGAGCAGAGACAGAGACCACAGGCUCAGAGUCACACAAUGCACACAAGUAGCUAUGAGGCCAAACUCUACGCUGCAUGUGUUUACCACUGUUUAAGGGGGGAGAUGGAAAGAAAGGGAGAGGGGAUGGGAGGAGCAGAAGAGAGAGAACAAAGGAGACAGAAGGAAGGAGAUAGGAGACAGGGAAAGAUGAUAGAUAGAUAGAUAGAUAGAUAGAUAGAUAGAUAGAUAGAUAGAUAGAUAGAUAGAUAGAUAGAGGAAGUGUCUUGUCCCCUCUUCAUUCUAACCCAUGUAACAAACCCUUGGAGUCCAGUCUUUUUUUAAAAUGAAAUUUUUAAAAGAUUUAUUUAUUUAUUUUAUGUAUAUGAAUACUCUAUCUGAAUGUGUACCUACAUGCCAGAAGAGGGCAUCAGAUCACAUUAUAGAUGGUUGUGAGCCAUCAUGUGGUUGCUGGGAAUUCAAUUCAGGACCUCUGGAAGAGUGGACAAUGCUCUUAAUGGCUGAGCCAUCUCUCUAGCCCCUGGAGUUCCUUCUUGAGGCCAUCCAUAAUGGAACAUUAGGGUAAACAAAGUCUAGGCCCUGCCCUCUGGAUCUCCUAGACCAGGACUAAUCUGUUCUGUAUAAGACGCUGAGCCCAGACUAGGACCUUGGCCCUUGACUUUGCUCAUUUGCACUCCCACAGGUGCUGCUCAACCCACCAGGAGCUAGAGGGCCAUGGAGGAGACACAGGGGGUUGGGGGGUAAGUGGGAGGGUGUCUCAGCCUCUGCUGUGAUUGUGAGGGCAGAGAUGUACUAGGGCGGCCAGAUGAAGGAGCAAGAGACAGACAGGACCUAGGCAGAGCAGAUGGGGAAGGAAGCCUACUGGCUUGGUAUCUAGAGGCCUCAAGGUAGAUCUUUAGGCUGUGCUAUGUCUGAGCACUGAGGCCUAGCAGGAGCACCAAGGCUAUAUAUGGCUGUGGACAUCUAAUUUUUAGGAUUUGCCCAGGGGGGAUCACAACCACUUCCCUCUCUCAAAGAGCUCAGCCUACAGUGGAAGCUCAUCUGUCCUCAUCCUAGUCUUGUAUUUUGGCCAGGUCAGCAGAAGGAGAGAAGUGGGCCAUGCCCUCCUUUUAUUACUGUACCCACGGCAGACAUGAGUAGUUGAUCGUUCAUGUAAGCCAUGGCACACAUGAGUAGUUGAUUACUGAGCUUUUCUCUCCAGCCUGACUGGACUUCCUGGUCCUCAAACUACUUUAAGUGUAUACUUCUAAUUUUUCCGCUGGGAAAAGUACCUGCUUGCCAUUCUGACAUCUAAUCCUAACCCACACAGAAGACUAAAUUCUUGCCUGCUGUUGCCUCCUGUUUCUCACACAUUAACUUUAGAACAUUCCAAUAAAGCCCAGUUUUUCUUAGGAAGGAAGGUAGAAUGGAUCUGGCUGGUACCUAGGUUUGCAGCCACUAUUAGAACAAGAAUCCCAGGUUCACCCCGAGCCUACAUCUUAUGCUCUGUUAGAACUUAGAAACAUGGCCCUUUGAAAUUCUGGGAAUGCCUCUGUGCUGUCUGCCAGCCCCUGUUAGUUAGCCAGAGCCCCCGAGCCCUUCAAUCUGCCCGUGGAACACCCUCCUAGGAGUGAAGAGAUGUACUGUAGAGACAGCUGCCCCCUUGUCCAUACAGUCUGGGUUGAGCUUGCCUCCCUGCUCUGUGUUCAAAUCUUCUGGGGAGCUCACAGAAACUUCCAGUUAUUCUUGGCCACAAGGAGCUCCUGGGGACAAAUCCUGGCAAAGGGAAACUGGGUCAUAGCUUUUUUCAGGCCAGCACCUAACCCUCUAGCAGGUCAGUGAGACCCACCAUUGUCCAAUAGACAGAGCUCAGGGUCCUCCCUGGUACAAAGUUGCAACCAAAUACUUCAGAUCAGCCAGCAUUUCUCCCCCAAGCCCCAAGGCAUGAGAGGAAGGCCUUCUGUUUAUCCAAAUGAGAGCAAGGGGGAGUUAUUUUCAAAAAUACAACAUGAAGAACAAAAGCCUGGAGUCUCCUAGCACAAGUCUCACAGGACAACCCACAGGACCCAGCAUCCCCCAGGUAUAUGACUGCCUCUUGGUUACCAUGGUAACAUCAUAGGCACUCACAGGCAUCCCGGAACAUAGGACACAGCAAUGGCAGAGGGAGUUUAGUGUCCCAAAAGAUCUCAGGAUUUCUUUCUGGAAUGGUUCUUGCUAGCUCAACAGCCAGGCCACCAUGACUCCUGGUGACACUGUACAGCUGAGGGACAGAACCUGUAGCCACUUUUCUAGUUCUGAGGGAAGAAAGCAAGAGAGACUUGCAAGGAAGGAUCUGCAGUAUGGCGCGAUUCCCAACUGUGCUAUGAUGCCAAGAGCUUAUGUUUAGGUGCUGAACCUAAAGCACAGAUAGGGCAAGGAGUCUGCCUAAACGCAGCUAGCUGGUGGGUGAGACUUUUAGGAUUUGAAUCCAGGGAUGACUGGCUACAAGUUGGCCACUGAGGCUUGUCUUCAUCUUCAGUUGCUUUUUCUCUCCCUUAUGGGCCACAGGCCACUGUUACCCCAGCAUCUGGUUAGCAUGUUGGAAGGUGCCAAUUCUGUGUAGGGGGCUGCAGGGUUUCUCUCCUAAGUCUACUCUGCCACUAAGCUCUUUGACUUCCAUUGCCAAUGGGGGCUGGGAGCACCAGGAUAGAGUGCUAAGGGCAGGGGCAGGGCUGGAAACAGACACAGGCUACCAAUGUCAGGGGCAGAUGCAGGGCAAAGUUGAGAGAUGUGUGGCACCAAAUUCUUCUAGAAAAGGGCUGGGCAAGUUCUUGGAGCUCCUGGGAUGAAGCAGUAGAUAGGGAAGGUUCGUGCGUGCUUACAUUUGUGCUUGUGUGUGUGUGUGUGUGUGUGUGUUGCAUAAGUGUGUUUUAGUGUCCUGAACAAUCAAGUUCAUUGUUUAAAAUGUCCUCUUGUGUAAACAGUACAGAGGGACCAUCUCCUCUUGUCACAGUCUCUGUGAUUAUAAAACAUGAAUUUUUUAUAAAUUCAGCUUUCUGGGAAAGCAGGCAGAACUGAAGCCAAAUGACUGUCUUGGAUCAUGUGUGUGUUAUCUUGGUUCAUGUCAAGUCCAGAGCUGACUGAGGCCUCAGUGUCUCUCAGCUCCGUGGGAAGGGCCAUGUGAAUCUCAGAGUUCCGGCUCAGUGCUGUUGUAAACUUGCCUCUAGUUCACUUUGGUGGCAGCAGUAUUCUGAAAGACGGUUUUGUGGUUUCAUUGUUUUAUGUUUUUUUUUUUCUAUGUAUGUGUGUAUGUGUUUUGUUUUUGUAUCUGCUCUAUGUUUGGAAAUAAAAAAGAAAAGCUCUA